AUGGCAAAUCCCACUUCUCAAGAGACACUGAUGAGUAGCGAUGACGAAGCGCACUUACAGAAGAUGGAGCUUUUAGAGGAUAACCUCGAAAAGCCCCAAUCUUUGACGCUGAGUCGGCUCCUGUUGCUCACUUGUCCCAGUCUCGGUCUGCAGGUCGUCUGGUCUCUGCUCAUGUCAAACGGCACUCCAUAUCUUUAUUCACUCGGAGUACCCAAUCCUAUCAUGUCACUUGUGUGGCUUAUGGGCCCUGUCUUUGGCGCCUUUGUCCAGCCGAUUCUGGGCGUAAUGAGUGACCAGUCGCGGCACCCAUGGGGCAGGCGGAAGCCAUUCAUCGUCUGUGGCGCCAUGGUUGUGGCCGUAUUUCUGCCCAUUCUCGCUUGUGCAGCCGAUAUCACAGGGGAGGCGGAGCAGAAGCGACAUCAUGGCCCUGGUGGUAAACCCCCAGGUUUCCAGUUGGCGCCGAUUCUCGCAGUCGCGUCCGUCUUCACGGUCACUCUCGCCAUGCAGUCUUUCCAAACGGGGGUACGGAGCCUGGUUGUGGACAAGUGCCCCCCGCGACAGCAGCUGGAUGCCAGUGCCUGGAGCAUGCGAUGGAACGUGUUGGGGAACUUGGUUCUAACCUCAGUCGGAUUCGCGGACGCCAAAUGGUCGUUGUUCGGAUUCGAAGGUAACGCCAAGUUCAAAACGCUUGCCGCUGUGGCUGUGGCAUGCAUCGCCACGACUGUCGGUAUCGCAUGCUGCUGCGUGACUGAGACCAACGACAGACCAAGGGACAACUUUCCAACACCACUCAGGGAGAUCUGCUGGUCCAUAUUGUCUCCAAGGCGUCUGAUCAAGCACUGGGAGUCUCUUCCGCCUGUCAGUCGGCGAGUCUGCACCAUCCAGCUCUUCGCUUGGAUGGCUUGGUUUCCCAUCUUGUAUUACACUUCCACAUACACUUAUGAAUCAGUAUUACUAAACCGAUUCGCCGGAGACUUGCAAAAGACAGAACAGGCUGACCAGGGCUACGUCGAGUUGGCACGGUUGGAUGGCUCCUUCGCCGUAUUUUCCUUCGCCAUGUCAACGUUCGUCACCAGUAUUCUCCUCCAGAUACUGAAGCGCAUAAUACCCGGCGUUCACAGCAUGCUGCCUCGUAUUUGGCUCGUGUCACAGGGCAGCCUGGCGUGCUGCCUCGUGGGAACGUUCUUGGCGACCUCGGGGACGGCGGCCACUAUAGUCACCAGCCUCAUGGGAGUAAGCUGGGCCGUGGCCAUGUGGAUCCCCUUUGCCCUUAUCAGCGCCGAAAUCUCCUCUGCUCCGUUCGCUAUAGCCGGCGGCGGGGAGACGGGCUGGGUCAUGGGACUACAUAACAUGGCCAUGUCAUUACCACAGAUAGCCUCCGCUCUUGCUUGUGCACUUCUGAUGGCGAUUCUGCGUUGGUUUCAUAUAUCUAACGGUGUAGCGUGGGCUUUCCGAUUAGCAAGCUUAGCCGUGGCUUGGUCAGGGUACCUAAUCACAGAUUUGGAGCGAAACUAUCGCCAGACUUUCUAG